AUUUAUUAUUGUUUUGGGGUUUUGGAGGAUUACUAACGUUCACCCGAUUUAGGGCAUAAGGGGACGUCAGUUCAGCGUCUCAUCUGAUGCGUCGGCAGCUCUGGGCAAUUCAGGGCUUUCCCGCCCACCGCGUCCCGUGUCCCACCGCCGCCGGCUUUCUCUGGCGCCGAACGGCGACCCUGUGAUCCAGGGUUUUCACUCCCGAACCCAUUCGAGGGCCGGUCCCACCGCACACGGUGUCCUGAUUAGCUGGAACCCCAACUACUGGAGGGCGGUUCCACCCAAUCAAAGGAAAACUGGUGCCAUUUAAUGCGGCUGCACCCAGGUCGAGAGCUCUGUCACGCUCACUGGCAAGUCCGCGGGGGUAAGUCUCAGCAAGAUGACGAUCAGGACUCAAUCUAAGACUUUCUGGCUGCUCUUCAUGUUAGUUGCAUCGGUAACAUUUCUGAUCAGUCUUUACAUCAACAAUAGUAUUAUCCUGUUCAGGACGAUUGCUCCCACUGAGAAGAAUAUCACCUCUGGAAUUAUCCUGAACUUCAACUUCACACCGAAAGAAAAUCUGAGUGUUCUCUCUCCAUAUGGAAAGCACUGGCUGUAUCCCAGAAAGGCCUGCAGCUGUGAGUUUGGGAUGAAAUCAAAGCUUUUGGAAAGUUAUUUCAAAAAGAAAGACAAGGUGUCGGUCAAAAAAAGAAGAAGCCUGGAAUACGCACAUUAUAAAAAAAGGAAUGAGUUGCCUUUGAAGCAAAUAAUUAUAGCAGAAGCCAAUUCUCCUCUGAGCUACCCCAGCCAAGGGGUCGAAGUAAAGCCUUUAUAUUCCAUCGUCAUCCCAGGUUUAGGUGUACACGAGCUUCAAAGAGAGAUCAUCACGGUAACACUGAAAGCCUCAAAGGGAGUAUUUAACACAAUUGUUGAUGUCCCUGAGGAUUCGGUACAUGGAUCUGGUGAGAAAGAAAUGACAAUAACAAGCCCAAGUUUGGAUAUUGUCAACGCUAUUCUCAAACAUGUUACUUACACCAGCACUGUGUAUCACAUCAACUCGGCUGAUUUAGUACAUUUUCAGUUUGAGAAGCACCUGGCUAUUUUUUCGAUUGCUAUAAGGCAGCCCACUUUGCCACGCUUGUUUGAUCCUGGACCAGCCAACAGCAUCAACUCCUUGGUUACAAUUAUAACAAAGACAUUUUACAGAUAUCAUAAGUUACAGAACUUAAUAAAUAGCAUUCGGGCUUUUUACCCAGAAAUUCAGAUCAUCAUUGCAGAUGACAAUAAAUAUACUGAAAAGAUUGAAGGACAGAACAUUGAACAAUACUUUAUGCCUUUUGCAAAAGGCUGGUUUGCUGGAAGGAACUUGGCAGCUUCUCAGGUCACAACUAAAUACCUCCUUUGGGUAGAUGAUGACUUCUUCUUUACCAAAAAGACAAAAAUCGAGAAGCUGGUUGACGUGUUGGAAAAUACAACCUUGGACUUGGUUGGUGCCUCUGUGAACGGACGCCGUUUCUUGCAUAAACUUUGGUAUGAGCAAGGAGACGAUGAUGGCGACUGCUUAUUCUUGCAACCCGGCACGUACCAAGCACUCGAUGGAUUUCCAAAUUGUGAGAUAACCAGUUGUGUUGUUAACUUUUUCAUGGCCAGGACAGAAAAAGUAUGGAGCGUUGGCUUUGAUCCUCGUUUAUCAAGGAUAGCUCAUCCAGAGUUUUUCAUUGACGGACUUGGCCAGCUGUCUGUGGGAUCGUGCAGUGACGUUGUGAUCGGUCAUCAAUCAAAGGGUGAGCCGAGCAACCAAACACUGGCUGGACUUGAAAAAACAUACAAAACAUUCCGAAGGAAGUCUCAAACUAUUUUCAAGAAAUCUUUGUACUAUUUCAAAAAUCACCUGAAAUGUAUCGUCGGAAGGAAUCGUUGACUGAAUUUGGAUUUGCUUUUGUACGCUUACGGUUUGAUGCCAAUCGCAGAUACUUCUGGUUUUUACUUGUGAGUCAACUAUUCUGUUGCCAAGAAAUGAGCUAGUUUGCCCGGGCAUCCAAAGCUGAGCCUCACGCAGACUCAGUGACCUUCUGACUCAGGGGAGAGUGCGUACGCAAAAAGCCUUGUUCUCGGCAUUAAAAAAAGUAAUAAUAA